GUGAGCUUUGCCAUAGAAUAGGAUUCCCAUCCCAUGGUACAAGAUUAAUAAUUCAAACCGAUCAGUUCACUCUUUCAAAAUAGCUGUUGUCAUCUCAAAAAUAAAAAAAGGUAUUCCUCAAAUCGGCAUUGCCUUAUUGCCUCAAACUCAAACAGGAAAACAACCAUUCCGCCCACCGCUACCGUCUUCUAACGACUUCUCCGGGGCAUGGACGCCGACCAGUAAGUGCAAAAUUGCCGUCUGCCGCCGCCUUCUGCUGUUCACCAUUUCGUUUGACUCUACGCUUCAUUUCUCUCAUUACUCAUUACUUUGUGCGUAUUUUGGGGUCAUACAUCUCCAUAAGUUUGUAAUUUUUUGUUCAUUGUUUUCCCUUAUAACCUGAUACGUUUCAAGCUUGGUUAUAAUUAAAAGGCCCUUUUUGUGCUUUCCCUUACUUGAGUAGUUGAGUUGCUUCUGCUUGUCUAAAGAGAAUUAAAGGAGUGAAGCGGUGAAGCGUCUUGCUUAUGCCGAUCUUCAAAUGCUACUGUGAAGGAAUACUGGAAUAAAGGUUUGUCCUAAAUCUGUAAUAUGAAACAAUUUAUAAAUUAUUAUUGGGUUCGUAUGAUCAUAUUGCUUAUUAGGCUAACCGCAACCCGCCUCUGUCAAUAUAUCAAAUUUACCAGCUUUUUAUACGUAUUCAUUCAGACAAUCAGUUUUUUUCUGCAACCCAGCACCUAGGUCCGGGAUUUUGGAACCGGGAACCGAAAAAAUGUUUGGAACCGAACCGAUAUGAAACGGUCCGGUCCGGUUCCUGUUUUUAGGAGUUAAAUACUUACCGGUUCGGUUCCUAAUGUAAACUACCGGUUCGGUUCUCGGUUUUACAUAAAAAUAUAUUCAAGAAACCGAUAUAGAACCGUUAGUUCAUUCUUAGUGGGUUAUUCUAUUCCGUAGUCCAAAUCAGAAAUAAAAAAUAUACGCAGUACAACUCGCAGCCCAUUCGCAGCCCACAACUCCUUUAGUCCGCUUCAGGCUUCAUCGAGCGCAACAAGGAUUUGCCGAUUAGGAGGAAACCCCUAGCCACACCGCUCAUCUUCUACUAUGCUCUUCCAUUCACUCUGUCAAAGAUUUCACGGAUUCAUCAAAGGAGUCAAGGAGAGGUCAUAGACAGUAGGUACGUUUUUCUUGCUCAUGGUAUGUAUUUAAUUUAAACUUUCGAACCUCCUAGCAAAACCAACGAAGCUUCUGAAGUUUUGAGAAUCCGUUUGUGAAGCAAGACUGCCAGUGUGACAGAGUUUUGCAAUCUCCUUUCUAGAAUAUGGUCAUAUGGAACAUCAAAAUUAAAAUUGAAGCUUUUAAUUUGUUUCGAAAAUUGAAGUUUCUGACUUCUGUUUUGGAGGAGUUUAAUCUCUUCCUCCAUUUUGUUUGUAAAUUGGGUUUCCACUACAUUUAUCAUCUUUUUCACACAUCCUAAUCUUUCUGGUGAUUUUUUUUAAUCCUUUCUUGUAUUUAUUUUCCACUGUUCCAUUUUAAUUUCUGUAUGCAUAUAUACAUAAACAAUAUGAAAAAUAAGCUAAUUGCAUCCAUUCUUUGAAUAGUAUUAGGACUAGAUUUGAUAAUGACAACUAAAGCAUACCAAAUGUUUGAAAAAUAUGUCUAUAACAUACGUAUUACCCCAUGUUUCAUUCUAAAAAACUGUGUUUUUUUCCAGCUAUUAAUAUGCAACUUCGAUUCGUCAAGACCAGAUUGCAGCAUCAUAUGACAUAAAUAUGAUGUUAAUUUUGAAGUUAUGGACUGAAUUAAUGUACUUCUUUUUUGUAAGGAUAAUUGUACUUUUUUAAGCUCUAGUUUAGUACUUUUUGAACCAUUUAACUUUCAUGUUUCAAUCAAUCCUAACUUUUAACAAUCCUGAACUUGUAAUUAUAAAUUUGGGGGUUAUUUGAAAUGGGGUUAUAGUUAGAUUGAUUGCAGCUUUGUGGAGAAUUUUAACUUUUUUUUUUGUGGCGGAAAUUGGUGCAUUACAGUUUUUUAAGAACCGAAAAAUGUCAAGAACCGAACCGUUAACACUUGGUUCGGUUCCAUAAUGGUUCUAGAAUUUUUUGUUGGGAACCAAACCGAUAUAAAAAAAUUGUGAUUUUACAAACGGUUCCUCCAAUUUUGAAGAGGAACCGAACCGGUCCCAGGCCUACCAGCACCGUCAAUAUAUUCACUCAGCACAGUUUUUUUUAAAUAAAUUUAUAAAUUCUUACUUUUAUUAUCACACGUUAAUCUUAUGACAAUUUUUUUUACCAAUAAUUAUGAUUUUAAAAGUAAAUCAUUUCGAUGUAAAAAAAUAUUUUUUUGGAAGGUAUAAAAAUAUGCACAAAUGAGCUUAAUUUCAAAUAAAUUGCACCAGCGAAUCCAAAUAAAUUGCACCAGGUAUUAAAAUAUGAGCACAAAUGAGCUUAAUUUCAAACAAAUGAGCUCAAGAAAAGUAACCCAUGCGCACUCCAGCGAGUCCAAAGCACCGCUGUUGGUAGCUGACUACUGUGGCCCACAUGUUGGUAGCUGCUGCCUUUCUUCUGUUGUCCAGCAGCCAGUGGAAAUAGCGGGUCAAUGUACCCACCGAAAUCUCUCCCAAGGGGUGCCAUGACCCACUUUGGCACCCCACAAUACAUGGUUUGCAAUGCUUUAUUGGGGUGAAUAGAAUGGAUUUGGCCUAUUCAACUAUGGGUUGCAAGCAGCCUUAGGGUGUUCUGGAUUGGAAAUUUAUCUAAUUUGAUAUAUUGGCAUUAUUAUGAUAAAUACAAGAAAUAAUUUUGUGUUCUUAAUAAUUUUGCACUUCAAAAAUCAAGAAACGUAUGCCAAUAGGGUAAAAAGAAGUACACGUUACUGUAUACGAUAGUAUUUUGCAUAUCAUGAUAUUUGAGAACUUAUUCUUGAUGCCAUAUUAUAUGGUGAAUAUGCUUUGUUUCUGGUGUAUCUUUAUUAAACUUAUCUCAUUGUUAUGUUAUAUAAAUUACAUUAAUAUGAUCUGUAAAUAUAAAUGUUUUUGUCUAGGGCCGUCCGCCAUAUUGCUCAAGCCGCCCUUGAUCAAAUUUCAAGUCAGCAAGUCUCUCCAACCACUACUCUGGUCUUUGUGUAAUCAAGAGAUCAGGUGAAGCCUUUCCCCAUCUGCAAACAUGCUUAAGGUGCCCAAACAUCAAGUUGCAGGACAUCAAGCCCUAAAUGGGAACCUUGGACCCCUUGUAGAUGAUUCUGGGCUCUUCUACAAGCCUUUGCAGGGUGGAGGCCGUGGGUCCCAUGAGGUUGCAUUCUAUACAUCCUUUUCUUCAAACCCUGACAUCCCAACUCACAUCUGCCGGUUCUUCCCUAAAUUUUAUGGCACUAAGCUACUGGAGGCGUCCGACGGCUCCGGCUUGCUGCCCCAUCUAGUCUUGGAAGAUCUCACCUUGGGUCUAUCCAGCCCGUCGAUAAUGGACAUAAAGAUCGGUUCGAGGACCUGGCCUCCGCAGGAAUCGGAGGACUACAUUCAGAAAUGCUUGAAAAAGGAUAGAGAAACAAGUAGCCUCACCUUAGGUUUCAGGCUGUCGGGGUUGCAAGUAUACGGCAGCAAAGAAACUGAGUAUUGGAAGCCCGAAAGGAAAUAUGUUCAGAAAUUUUCUGCGGAAGAAGUUAGGUUAGCUCUAAAGAAGUUUGUUUCUUCAAACAUUUCAGAUGGCAUGGAUUGGAAGCCAGAUUGCUCCUUUGCAUCAAUGGUUUAUGGUGGCUCCGGCGGGAUUUUGUCACAGUUGCUGGAGCUGAAAGCUUGGUUUGAGGAUCAGACCAUUUUCCAUUUCUAUUCUUGCUCAGUUCUUUUGAUGUACGAGGAGAAAGGAAAAAGCCCGGCUGUUAAGCUGAUUGAUUUCGCUCAUGUUGUGGAAGGCAGCGAUGGGAUAAUCGAUCACAAUUUUCUGGGGGGGCUUUGCUCCUUUAUAAAGUUCAUGUCUGAGAUUCUUACAGCAUCACCUGGUGAUCAUAGAAAUGAACUCGAAUCCUCCGUUUAAGGCAGAGUGCAUUGGCCAAUAGAAGAUUUUGGUAGCCAGUUGCUACUGGAUCACUGGAACAAUGCCGCAAGCAGCAUCCCAUCCUACAUUUUCCAUUUAAAUUAAUAAGAUUUUGAUGCUCUGAAUAAUGUAACUGCACAUUAGUGUUCUGCCUAUUCGAAUAUGAGAAAUUCCAAGUUCACAGUAAUCAGCCCAUACCACACACACGCACAGAUGCAAUUUUCUAAUCGCAAUUCAUUUCAUGUUUAAAUUUCAAGGUUUGAUAAAGAAUAACACG